UUGGCCUAGCAACCCUAGUAUGAAAUUGAAACCCUAAAACCUAAGCACCGAUGGAAUUCAAAGGACCUUUCGGCGUCGUCACCAUGCUACCCUCACAAAGAAUACUCCAUAGUCUCCAGAGUGUCUGUGUUCCCUCCCCACCGUGACGAAGCUGCGUUGUGGUGAUCCAUUGAAUCAGCAAUGGCGGGAGGAAAGAUCAAGAAGGAAAAAGCAUCUCGCGCAACAACGAACCACUUACAAGGUGGGAUUCCUUUCCACAAGUCAAAAGGACAGCACAUACUGAAGAACCCUCUAAUUGUCGACACGAUUGUUCAGAAAUCAGGAAUUAAGAACACAGAUGUGAUCCUCGAAAUCGGUCCAGGUACGGGAAACCUCACCAAAAAGUUGCUCGAGGUCGGGAAGAAAGUAAUUGCCAUCGAAUUGGAUGCUCGCAUGGUUCUCGAAUUGCAGCGUCGCUUCCAAGGGACACCCUUCUCGAAUCGUUUGACGGUCAUCCAAGGUGAUGUGCUCAAGUGUGAUCUUCCCUAUUUCGAUAUCUGUGUGGCAAACAUCCCUUAUCAAAUCUCUUCUCCUCUCACCUUCAAGUUGUUGUCGCAUCGACCAGCUUUUAGGUGUGCUGUUAUCAUGUUCCAGAGAGAAUUUGCCAUGAGGCUUGUCGCUCAGCCUGGAGAUAACCUCUAUUGCCGCCUUUCAGUGAACACACAGCUGCUGGCCCGUGUUAACCAUCUCCUCAAAGUAGGAAAAAACAACUUCCGCCCUCCACCCAAGGUGGAUUCCUCUGUGGUUCGAAUUGAGCCAAGAAAGCCACUUCCCCCUGUGAAUUUCAAGGAAUGGGAUGGGUUAGUCCGAAUUUGUUUCAAUAGGAAGAACAAAACUCUAGGUUCAAUUUUUAGGCAGAAGACUGUUCUCUCUUUGCUGGAGAAAAAUUACAGAACUUUGCAAGCUUUACAACAAUUACAAAGAGGGCAUUCGGAAGAUACAGAGAUGGAUGUAUCUGUUCUUGGUGACACUGGUGAGGACGUUAGUAUGGAUAUCGAAGAUGAAAGGGAUGAAGACGAGAUGGAAGUGGAGAAUGGUGGUGCAGGAGGCGAGUUCUCAGAAUUUAAAGAAAAAAUUUUGGGUGUGUUAAAGCAUGGAGAUUUUGAAGACAAGAGGUCUUCCAAACUCACACAAGUAGAUUUCUUAUACCUCCUGUCUUUAUUUAACAAGGAGGGGAUACACUUCUCCUGAUUUAGAGACUAGUGGUUACUUAGAGUUAUUACAAGCUUCUUAUUUCCAAUUUUGUUUUCUUGUUCGCCUUUUUAACUAGAAAGUAUUUUUUUUUUUGAUAAAGAAAGAAUUGAUUUUGUUCUGGGGAGAGAACUCCCUAAUUAGUAUUGUAAUGCAAUUUUACUUAUAUCAAGUUCUUGGAUUUUUUAUUUUA